AACAAUGACAACAAUAUCCGACUCCGAAACUCGGAAAAUCCGAAACAUAUGCAUUCUGGCCCACGUCGAUCACGGAAAAACCACGCUUGCCGACCAUUUGAUUGCCGCCUCCGGCGGCGGCGUACUCCACCCCAAGAUGGCCGGUCGUCUCCGUUUCAUGGAUUACCUCGACGAGGAACAAAGGCGAGCUAUCACCAUGAAGAGCUCCUCCAUUGCUCUACGCUAUAAAGACCACUCCAUCAACCUCAUAGACUCCCCUGGUCACAUGGACUUUUGCAGCGAGGUAUCCACCGCCGCUCGCCUCAGCGACGGCGCGUUGGUCCUCGUCGACGCCGUUGAGGGCGUCCACAUUCAGACCCACGCCGUUCUUCGCCAGGCUUGGAUUGAGAAGCUCACACCGUGUUUGGUGCUCAACAAGAUUGAUAGGUUGAUAUGUGAGUUGAGGUUGACUCCCAUGGAGGCUUAUACACGGUUGUUGAGGAUUGUUCACGAGGUAAAUGGGAUCGUCAGCGCGUAUAAGUCCGAGAAGUACUUGUCUGAUGUUGAUUCUAUAUUGGCAGGGCCUUCGGGCGAGGUGGGUGAUGAGAGUUUGGAGUUUGUAGAGGACGAUGAGGAAGAUACGUUUCAACCCCAGAAAGGAAAUGUUGCAUUUGUGUGUGCUUUGGAUGGAUGGGGUUUCAGUAUCUGUGAGUUUGCUGAAUUCUAUGCUUCAAAGCUUGGUGCUAGUGCGGCUGCUUUACAAAAGGCUUUAUGGGGUCCUCGGUAUUACAAUCCAAAGACGAAGAUGAUUGUCGGGAAGAAAGGAAUAGGGGGAGGGAGUAAGGCUCGGCCUAUGUUUGUUCAGUUUGUGCUUGAGCCGCUUUGGCAGGUUUAUCAGGUGGCAUUGAAUACUGAUGCGGAUAAAGGAUUGCUUGAGAAAGUUAUCAAGUCGUUUAAUUUGUCUGUACCACCUCGUGAGCUUCAGAACAAGGAUCCCAAGGUUGUACUUCAGGCUGUAAUGAGCCGUUGGCUUCCUCUAUCCAAUGCGGUGUUGUCAAUGGUGGUCAAGUGUUUGCCUGAUCCUGUUACAGCUCAGUCAUUUCGUAUUUCGCGUUUGCUUCCAAAAAGGGAGAUUUUGGAUGAUGGGGCUGACUCUAAUGUGCUUGCGGAGGCAGAACAUGUGAGAAGAUGUAUUGAGAGUUGUGACUCUAGGCCUGAAGCCCCUUGUGUUGCUUUUGUAUCUAAAAUGUUUGCUGUCCCAAUGAAAAUGCUCCCAAACAGAGGCUCACAUGGCGAAAUCGUUAACAAUCUGAUCCAUGAAGGUGGAGAAGGUGAAUCUGAUGAAUGCUUUCUUGCAUUUGCAAGGAUUUUUAGUGGUAUUCUUUAUUCAGGACAGAGAAUUUUUAUUCUUUCUGCUUUAUAUGAUCCGUUAAAGGGGGAGUCAAUGCAGAAGCAUAUGCAGGAGGCCGAGUUGCAAUCUUUGUAUCUAAUGAUGGGUCAAGGUUUAAAGCCUGUGACCUCCGCACAUGCUGGGAAUGUUGUGGCGAUCCGAGGCCUUGGCCAGCAUAUACUGAAAAGUGCAACUCUUUCAUCUACAAAGAACUGCUGGCCUUUCUCUAGUAUGGCAUUUCAGGUUUCUCCUACACUUAGAGUUGCAAUUGAGCCGUCUGAUCCAGCAGACAUGGGUGCUUUAAUGAAAGGUUUAAAGCUUUUGAAUCGGGCAGACCCGUUUGUAGAGGUCACAGUUUCAGGAAGGGGAGAGCAUGUUCUAUUUGCUGCAGGAGAAGUUCAUCUUGAGAGAUGCAUAAAGGACUUGAAGGAGAGAUUUGCCAGGGUAAGCUUGGAAGUCUCACCACCUCUUGUGUCCUAUAAAGAGACCAUAGAGGGGGAGUCAUCCAAUAUGUUGGAGAAUUUAAAAUUGUUAACUGGGAGCUCAGAUUAUGUUGAGAAGACAACACCAAAUGGAAGAUGCGUGGUAAGAGUGCGAUUGGUGAAACUACCAACUGCUUUAACAAAGGUGCUUGAGGAAAGUUCUGAUUUACUUGGAGAUCUCAUUGGUGGUAAGGCUGGGCGGACAAGUAAUGGUUCAGAAACACAGAUAUCGAGCAUUGUGGAAGUUGAGAAUUCAAUUGAAACACUAAAGAAACGCAUGAUGGAUGCUGUGGAGAGUGAUAUUUCGUCCAGUGAGAAUGAUAAGGACCGGGCUGAAAAGCGUCAAAGAACAUGGCUAAAACUUCUGAAGAGGAUAUGGGCACUUGGGCCAAGGCAGAUUGGUCCUAACAUCCUCAUUAGUCCAGACUUUAAAGGAAAUGGUACUGACAGCUCUGUGCUUAUUCGUGGUUCCUCUCACGUGUCUGAGAAAUUAGGAUUUGUGGAUGAUUCUAGCGAUGGUGAUGCAGUUGCUGAGACAUCUUCAGCAGUAAAUCAAGAAUUGUCAGUUGAAGCUGAGAGACUUGAGAGUAGUGUUGUAUCUGGGUUUCAACUAGCCACAGCCGCUGGACCUUUAUGCGAUGAACCUAUGUGGGGUUUGGCAUUUGCUGUUGAAGCUUUCAUUUCUCCAUUGCCAGCGCAUUCUGAUGAGUCAGAAACCUCACAGCAGCAACCUGAACAAUAUGGCAUCUUCACUGGACAGGUUAUGACAGCCGUCAAAGAUGCUUGUAGAGCAGCUGUUCUUCAAAAGAAGCCGCGGCUUGUGGAAGCCAUGUACUUCUGUGAAUUGAAUACCUCAACUGAAUAUUUGGGUCCAAUGUAUGCUGUACUUGCACGAAGACGAGCACGGAUUUUGAAGGAAGAAAUGCAGGAAGGUUCUUCAUUGUUUACUGUGCAUGCAUAUGUGCCAGUUUCUGAAAGCUUUGGUUUUGCAGAUGAGCUCAGGAGAUGGACUUCUGGAGGUGCAAGUGCUCUUCUUGUGCUUAGCCACUGGGAGGCACUACCUGAAGAUCCUUUCUUUGUACCCAAAACAGAAGAAGAAAUUGAAGAGUUUGGUGAUGGUUCUAGUGUGCUACCCAAUACAGCAAGAAAGCUCCUUGACGCAGUAAGAAGGCGGAAGGGUCUCCCUGUGGAGGAAAAAGUAGUACGACAUGCAACAAAACAGAGGACCCUUGCCCGUAAAGUGUAGAAUUUGCUGAUUUUAUUGUUUCAUUGACUCUUAAAUCUAUACCAGAAUACUUCUAAUUUUUGAUAAUGGUAAACAAAAUGUUAUACUGUA